AUGGACGAUAGCCAUCGUUUGAAGUCGCCUGUGGCUCCUCAUCGUAGCAGUACUCUUCGCCAGACUUCGGACAGGCAAAGUGGGAGGGUGUCUGAUCAACAAGCUGAUCAUGUCGAGCGUUCGUUAAGGAGAAUUAUCAAGAAACUUGGUGAUAUGCGUUUCACCCGGGCACAUCUUGAUCUGCCAUCGAGGGUUACAACUCUCCUGCCGCCUGAUAUCACUACCAUGACAGCAGGCAAAGAGGAAGACAUUGCGACAACACCAAUUCUUUGUUGUCUUCGUGGGUAUUAUAAAUUUUCUCCAACGGAAUGUAAGCAUAGCAAUUUCUAUUUCGGACACCUUACUGAAUAA